AUAUAUGCAUCCCUUUUAAGGUGGGGUAAGGCAUUGAGUUUCAACAACGACUGCUGGCUUGCAUGGACAUUAUUAGUGACCUACUGAGAAUAUUUCAUCUCUAAUAUUUAUUUUGACCCAAAACAAAAGAGGCAUGUACCAGGAGAACUCAUAACGCAAAACGGCUCGGUGGUUGAUUUUUUUUAUGCCCUGGGUUUUGAAGAGAGCUUACGGUUAACCAAGCUUUCUUCCCCCAUCAGCAGAGUUUUGUAUAUGUAUAUAGAGACCACAGAUUCGAAUAUCUUUUCAAGAUGAUGAAAGAAUUAACAGUUGCUGCUCUUGUUAUAUUGGCUUUAUCAAGUGCAUUUGCCUCACCUAUCCUUGAAUCUCAGCUCCGUCUACAGUCUGAUGUCGCCGAACUUAUUGCAGAUAUAUUCAAAAAUGGAGGAUUGAAAAGGAACAAAUCGCCAAACUUUACAGCUAAAUUGGCCCAGAUGCACGCCAUAGGAGGAAUGGGAAAGCGGACUAUAGAAAAAGAAGAUAUAGCUAAAAACCUCCGGUUGCUGAGAGCCUUAAGUAAUGAGUUUGAUCUCAGUGAUACGAAGUCAAUACAGAACAGAAGGCCGAAUCUCAAUCAGGAUGAGCUUUAUGAAGAAGAUGUCCAUCCAUUUCACGAAGUGAAUUGGUGAGGAGUGAUAUGCAACCACCACCUGAUCACCCCAAUUCUGCAUCCACCUCGACCAAUUGAUGCCCUAUUUCAGCACUACCAACGUCAUCUCUCAUUAUCUACAAUCUUAUUUUAGCAUGUUCAACAUAAUCGAGCGCAUCUUUCAGAACAUGCUUAACAUGCACACUCUCAAACAAACAAAAAAAACUUUUAUCUUUGGGGAGGGGUCGAAAAAAUUAUAAAAUAUUUCCCCGGAUUUUCUUUUUUAAUAUAAUAGAAUUGAGAGCAAAAAUGAGAAAACGUAUCGAAGGUAAUUUAGAAUAACACAUUUUAAAAUGUAAGUUAUAAGGGGCAAUUCAAAGAACAGCUAUUACCAAUUUCAACCUCCUAGAAAAAAAACGUUCUUUGUAAGUGGUUUAGGGACUGUGAAAAGAACAUUUUAUUGCAGCUUGAGUAAUAAAAUAAAAAUCACCUCUGUGUAUGUAAAUAUAUACAUAUUAUGUUUAGUUCCAUGUUUCAUGUGUCUAGUAAUGAUAAUUAUCUUUUAAUACUAAAGAAAACAUGAUGAAUAACAAGUUUGAAUAGGUAAGAUAGUGCGGUGUCAAACGGGCAACAGUAAAUUGUGUUUAGCAGCAACAUAGUCCGAGCAUUUAAUUUCGAUUUAAAUAAUACUCUUGAUCUUCAUUGCAAGAAAUGUUUCGUGAAGUAGGGUAGACAGGUAGUUGAAGAAAAUGGAAAUUGUGAAUUGUGGUGCCUAAACUAUUUUUUUUCCUAGUUUACAUUUCACUUUAACAAGUAGCAUUCAUUGUGUAGUGAUAAGAAACCAAAGGUUAAAAUUUUGAGCAACUAUUUUAUCAUUUACUUCAGUAAUUAUCUCCUUUUCAAGAAACUUGGGAUAUCAAGCCAAGUAACUUUCCACGGGUAUAUGAAUGGGUCAAAUAUCAGAAUUCAAACGUAUAAGAAUGAAAACACAUGGCCAAACAAAACCAGAAACAAGUUAAUACAAUAAGGUGAUCAUUCGAAAGGUAAGCUAAAUUUAAGAUGUGGUUCAGGAAAAUUGUUAACAUUCAAAUCCUAAAUCUGACUGGAGUCAAUUCUGUUACUUCAGUGACAAAAGCAUAAUUUAGUUACAACAAAUUUCAUUUAUAACCUAUGUAAAAAAAAGGUUUCAAGAACUUGUAGUCAUAAACUACAAACCUAUACUUGUACAUGUGUGUUUAACCAAGUUUGAUGAAAGCUGUGAAAUACAAGUAAGAAUCUAAUUUGGUUUGAGUGCUUGUAUUAUUCGUCUGCAUAUGCCAACUGAGGUAAUGAGAUUACUUCAAAUAAUGUAAGCCAGCUAUUUUCUUAGCUCAGAUGACUUGUAACAAAUGCAAAUGGAACGCAAAUGAUAACAAAAUGUAACUUAUUUAUGUAAGUAUUUGGAAAGAUUUUCUUAGAUUUUUUCAGGUAGUUUUACUUACUCUUGCAUCUUUCGCCUUGAGAUGUUUAUUCAAGAACAUUUUCAUUUAGGGGUACACGUCUCCACACGAAGAUGCGCGCAUUGUCUGGAAAACAAUACUGGAAUAGGUUGAUGUUGAACAUAUUAGAAUAUCAAAUUAUAGUUUUCAUUCACGAAUCAAAAGUGUUUCUUCUAUUUACGAAAAUUAAUAUUUUUAUGACGGAGAUGUAAAAUGCUGAUUUAGUACAAUGAUGUUACUCCCUACCAAGCUGCUUUAGCAAUUAAUGAAAAAAAAUAACUGCAUAUUGAAGAUGGGUAGCACACACACAAAAAAAAUGUUUACUGUAUGCGGUGGCAGGGAACACAAUGAAAUGCUUGAUUCUAAUAUAACUAAAUGUCACUGGGAUUCAUCAUGAUGAGACUACUAUUUUUACGUUUAGAAUAACUUAGGUCUAACUUUCAUAUUUGAAUCUAUGGUUAACUUAUGUAUGCACUGAUGUAUUUAUGUGUAAUUACAAACAUGUUUAUCAAAUCAUGGAAAGAAAUGUUUAAAGACAGUGCAUACUGUAUACUAAGUAAAUAAAGAUUUCUCUUCUUUUGUCCAAAAUAUUAUGGCCUUUCAAACCCUGGUUACCAUAUCAAACUCACUUGUCUCAUUGAUCAGUAAUUUCAAAUGCAAGAUCUUUUUAUUUUGAAGGUGGAGACUUUAUUAAAGAAGCACCUACUUCAACACCAUGUGAAAAUGAUUAAAACCUUGCUGGGAAUGUUCCUAUCUUAUAUGAGGGGAAAAACUAAGUACAAGUGCUGUACAUAAGUAAUAUAAUUUGUAGAACUAAUGAGAAAAAAGAAAUAAAGU